AUGCCUAACGAAUUCUCUAACAUCGAGUACCUUUCCAUGAUAAAGUUUUAUGUAGUUGAGAAAUUUAAUGCAAACGCGGCUCGUCGCCUCUAUAGUGAUCCACAACAUUUAAAUGGUUUACAACGGCGAGGCAUACCAAACCCGCGUAUUCCGUCUAACAAGACAUUUAUAGCGGUGUGGCAGCGUUUAUUAGACUACGGACAGUUCUGCCUACCCAUCUAUAUGUUACACAAAAAUACAACAGUCACCAAUAAUAAAUGCAAUGAUAAACUAGCUGCUCGAGUAGCAGAGUACUUUAAAACAAACCCUUGCAGUAGUAUACGGAAGGCAGGUCGUCAUUUUAAUGUGAGCGGCGGAUUAAUUACGAGACUUUUGAAAAACGAGAGUGAAGAAGAAAGUCCGCCUCACUCAAAGAAUGACAUCUCGGAAAAAGACGAAGUGUUAGCCAACGUGUACCACUACUUUAAAAAAGAGCGGGACGAACGCGCGGACAAGACGGUGUCGACGAUGGAGCUCCGGCAUCGCACGGCGCGCGUCUGCGGAGUCCCGGAGCAUGCCGUACGCCGCGUCCUCAAGUUGCAGCGUGCUAAAGAAAAUCCCGACCUCAAACCCCGGAAAAGACGCCCCAAGAAAGCAAGCACGCCACCACAACAUGAGCAACAGAGUGCCUCUGAUGAUGAAAUGGAUGGCGAGGAGGCGGAGAUGACGCUGGCUCAGCUGAAGCAGCGGCAGCAGUCGCAGGACGGAGCGGAGCGCCCCGCCACGACACAGAAACCGAACCACAAACGGAGAGGACGUAAGAGGAAAGCAAACACUCCACCACCAGAACAUAAAUUCAAUCCCCUUUCCUCGGAUGACGAGACCCUCAAGCCUGACGUGACAGACGCCACUGUAGAGAACGGCUUGCAACAAGAAGAGCAGACUGAGGAAGUAGUUGAAACUUUGAUUGUGAAGAUUGAGCCGCGCGAGUAUGAGGACAGCGCGAACCAUCUGAAUGGGAGUUUAGAAGUUAAAAUAGAAAAUCCUGAAUCCUCGCGUGGAUCCACAUUUUAG